AUGGGUGCCUUCCAAUGGCCGUGGGAAUAUUCAUUUCCACCAUUUUUCACAGUGCAGGUGCAUGCAAAAACAAAGGAGCAACAGUUAGCCACAUGGACGGAAUUGGUGCUGAACUAUCAGAAACAUGAGCGCCAGGCGUUGCUGAACAUCGCGGAAGACACACCGCUUUUUGUCAACCAGGAACUCGGCCGUAAGUUGCCACCGGAGGCACGGCUGUGGGUGAUGGAAGAGCUUGCGAAGACAGGACACGCUGCCACGACCGACAAACGGAAGCAGCAGUGGGAAGUGUACUGGCAUACGCUGGACGAAUGGAGCACUAUAUUGUACGAUUGGGCCGCUGGUAGCGGGACAACGAACACCGUUUGCACGCUAUACGAACUGGUGGCGGGUGAUAAUACGAUCGGGGAGGAGUUUUACGGGUUGGACGAAGGUGUCCUCAAGAAGGCACUCAAGGUUCUCGAAGCACGAAGCAGAUGUGAACUGAUUGCGUUUGACGAUAACGAGGGAGUGAAGUUUUUCUGA